ACAAGAGGGCUAUGCUGAGAUUGUGUCUGUAGUGGUUCUGUGUACGAGUUUGAGAACAAAAUGGUGUCACAUUAAGGAUUAUGCAGAGUAGUUUCUUAUACGUAAAUUUCAAAUAUUUCGUUGGUGGUGUAUUAGUAUUCGUUUCGAUAAGGAAUAUUAAAGAGUGACAUAACAUUCUUUACUUCUAUGGAGAGUACUGAGAAUUAUUCGCGUGUGGUUUGAUUUCUUGUAACUCCUUAUGUUUAUAUCAAGAAUAGUGAUUAUCUUUCGCUUGAUGAAUUUCUUGCAGUUAUUCAUAAUUUAAUGUCGAAAUAUAGACAGUGUGCAUUGAACAUUCAAUGAUGGAGGUUUCCGAUUUAGGAAGAUCUAUUUCGAGUCUUUUGGGAAGUAGUUCUCAUUUACAUUCUGAGAAGGAAAAGGAAGGACAUUGUGAUUCGUUUGAGAGGUCAUAUCGUGUUGGGAACAUUCUUGGCAAAGGUGGUUUUGGAACUGUUUAUUCAGGUGUUCGUGUUCAUGAUGGAGUGCUAGUAGCAAUAAAGCAAAUUGCAAAACUGAAAGUAACAGAUUGGAUAGAGGUUGGAAGUCAGCGUGUUCCAUUGGAAGUUUGUUUGUUAAAGCAACUCACCCACAUUCCUGGUGUAAUUAAACUUUUGGAUUAUUAUGAGCAUUCUGACUGUUGCAUCAUCAUCAUGGAACGCCCAGACCAGGCCAAAGACUUGUUUGACUAUAUCACUGAAAAAAUCUGUCUCAAAGAAUCUGUAGCUCGUGGCUUCUUCAAGCAGGUUGUGGAAACUAUCAUACAGUGUCACAAUGCUGGUGUUAUUCACAGAGAUAUCAAGGAUGAAAACAUACUUGUUGACUUAAAAUCCCAUUCCUUGAAGUUAAUUGACUUUGGCUCAGGUACUUACUUGAAAGACAGCAUCUACACUGACUUUGAUGGAACACGUGUGUAUGCACCUCCUGAGUGGAUCCAGUAUAACCGAUACCAUGGUCGCAGUGCAACUGUGUGGUCCCUUGGAAUUUUACUGUAUGGAAUGGUUUGUGGAGAUGUUCCAUUUGAACAGGAUGAAGAAAUCAUGCAGGCAGCUGUUCAUUUCCGUACACAACUCUCAAAUGAUUGUCAAGACCUGAUACAAAAGUGUCUGCAGAUUCGUCCAAGUGAUCGCCUACAUCUGGAAGACAUCCUGCAGCAUACAUGGAUGAAUUGUAAUUUAGAUUCAUGUGCUGACAACACAGGGUCUUUGACUUGUGUUCGUCCUACUAGGCGAAACUCUGUAGAUCAGCAUUCCUUGGACCAGGCUUCCACAUCAUCUCAGGAAAGCAUUUGACCACACUGUAUUCACUAGCUGUAGACUUAAUUUUAGUAUUAAUUAGUAAUGUAGUGUCAUUUAGGGAGAGAUACUAAAUGGGAAAGGCCUCAUAAUGGCAGUGACCCACAAUUGGCUGUGAUGAAUGUAACUCUUUGCCUGAGCUCCCACCGUGACAAAAUGAAUUAACCUCGCCCUUUCUCCGUACUUAUCCUCUCUCCAUUGGUUUAUAUAUAUAUAACACUUUCACUUUAGGAUAUUUUUUGGAAGUUCUGCUUCAUUCCCAUAAUUUGAUGUGUAAUAUAGUUGGCUUACUAUUGUAUAUUAUAUAUUAGAUCGUGUUAAUUUAUUAAUAUUAUAUUGCUACCGUAUUGCUCAGGCAGGGUUUUGUGUGCUGACUUACAGAAAUAUUAUUUGGGCACACUUUUUUCAGACCCAGAAUUUGGUUAAAGUAAUUGUCUAAAAUGUUGACCUUGAAGUGUCUUACACUAGACACACACACAGUACACACCACACAUACACAAAAUACAUGCUGCCCAAUUUUUCAAUGAACAUUGUAGAGAAGUGUUAUGGUAAAUGUAAGUCUAGUUUUUGUGACUAAAAUUCAAGUAGGAGUUGAAUUUUUAGUAGUUUGUAUGUGUGAUUUUGUACAUUGUUAUGGAAGGACUUAACUGGGAUUGCACCAAAUACUUGAUGGCUGAAUUAUAUUCGGCCGUGCUCACUGAGAAGUCAUAUGUCAUCAUCAUGGUUUCAUAAUCUGGCAAUAAUGAACUUUUUAGCAUUUUUGACACUAGUUGUGGUACGUGUUUUUCUUUGUUUUCAGUGGUGUUAAUUUUUGUAAAAUUUGCUAAGAGUUUAGUAAGAACUUUGUAAUGAAUCUUACAGCUUUCUUAUGUUACCGUAACCAGCUUGUCUUGAGCAUUAAAAUCUGUAGUUUUUAGUAAAUUAAUUAUUUAUGACACUCAUGGCAUCAUUACAAUUGAAUAUAAUAAUUUUAAGUAUUGUAAAUCAGUCUAUUUUUAGUUGACAGAAAAUUUAAGAGGUCAGUUUCAGAUUUUGUUAGAAAAGCUGUGACUUUCAGAAAUAUCUUAUUUCUGUGGUUUGUUUGUCUUUCUAGAGUUAACUUUAUAUUGCAGUAAUAAUGUGUGAAUGGUGUUCAAGUCUGACUGCAUACAUUUAAGUCUCUUAGGUCUGCCAAGACAAUUUUAAACUUUUGGCUGCAUAUGCCUUAUGGAACCAAUUGUCAUUUUAUAUUUUCACAGCCAUGUUCAAGAGCAGCAUUUAUUUGCACAUAUUUUUAAAAUGUUAUUUGUAUACUUAUUCAGAUCAUGGAACACUGUUAAAAGUGGCAACACCAACCUCGUUUCUUGUGAAUAUGUGAUGUGAUUGAUGAUUUGCUGGAGUUUAUAAUUUAUUUUAAAUUAGUGCUCUAUGUUGAACAUCAGAUAUUUAAAAUGGUGCAACACUUUUGAGAAUUUUCAUGUUGUUUGACAAGUGCCUAUUAAUUUAAUUGUGUUUGUAUGUUACUACAGAGUAUUUGGUGCAUCCAUGUUUUUUCAGUCUUGCAUACAUUGGUAUCAGCGUCAGAUUUUACACCUUAUGAUUACAGAUAAUUGCACAUGGCCAUGACUGAACAUCUCUAAAUUAUAAAUUUGUAUUCAAAGCUGUUAGAACUGCGUAGAAAACACUGCCAUUGUUCCUUUAUAAUAUAGACAGCUAUGGUGCUAUAGAAAAAGAUUUCCAUGUUCUAUAUUAAUAACAGCUAAAAUAUCAAUUGAGGCAGAGCAUAUGUUCCAGUGUAUAUUCCAUUGCUUACAUAGUGUUGUCUCAAGUCUUCAUUGCCAUGAAUGAUGUGAGCGUAACGUCGUGCGAAGAUGCGGGUAAAUUACUCAUGGUAUAAUGAAGUUUAAAUGUCCUGUGCAGCUAUAUUAUUAAUUUCUUCGCUUUAAAAACUGUGUAUCAUGGGAGUUUAAAGUUAUGUCUAAAAGCUGCAGAUACAGAUGUGAGGUCUUCCUUUGUACUAGUACAACUUCUCAGAUUUUAUGUUGCUCAGCAUGAUGAAAAAGUUCUACAUGCCUGGGUAAUGGGAUAUUUUCAUAUUUGCUGCAUGAUUGACCUCUUUGAAUGGAACCAGAUAUAUGAAUUCCAACAUAAACAGGUAUAAUUAGUGUUUGUUGAAUAGUAGAAUUUGCCAGAGGCAUUAUUUACACACUUCAGGUGAAAUCGCACAGCAGUUUGAUAUUUGCUACAUUGUCAAAGAUGAUUUUAUAAUAUAAUAUAAACAAGAAGUUUGAAUUAUUUGUAGUACUUGGAGAACCUUUUAAGCAUAACUUUAAGUACUGUGUACAACAGGCAGUUUGGAAAAUUAAUGAUGUACCUUGCAUAAAUUAAUCAAAAAUACUACUGAAAGAAUCUUAUAGUAAGAACUAGAUUUUCAUUUUAAAAUUAUCUUAUGACCAUCAACUACAGUAAAUCCAUAAGUUUCUAUUUCCUUCAUUGCAAACCUCUCUCACUGAGACUAUUACUUGCUGAGAGACUUGUGUUUAUGAGUUUAAGGAAUAAUGGCCAAUGGAAGACUUCUGAGAAGGGAAUAAAAACAUGGAGCCACAUAGAUUGGUGGAAAGUACUGAUGUCAAAUUAAAUUCUUAGGCAAUUUAAUGUUGAAAUAUAUUUGAAUUAAGAAGUAAAUUAAUUUGGAAUAAUUCUCAUUUAAAAAGUUUCCAUGAAUGUUACCUACUUCAGUGGUGGUAAAUGCUGGCUUUAGAUUAGACUAUAUUUGAACUGUCUCAUAUCAGCCCAGAUGAGAGUAUGACUUAUGAGACAGUUGUUAUGAUUUAACGUUUUAAUUGUCUGUUAGCCACAAUUGAGAAUAUAAGUUAUUCAGUAUUAAAUUAAAGACAAUUUUUUUAUGUAAUCCUGAACAAGUUAUAAACUGUAUGAGUUGCAUUAUUUUUCUGUUGGAGUGAAAAUGUAGUAGAUAAAAAUACUCCAUACUGUUUUAAAAUUCAUGAAACAGCUGAUUUGGAUUGUAACUGAUGAAUGAAGAUAAUAGUUCAUAUUAUACAUAUUCAUGGUUUUAUUUUUGUAAACAGAAAUGUGAUGUUUGUUUAAUUUAAUUUAAUUUAUUGAAAUUUGUGCCUUUUUCUUCAACUGUUAUAUAUAUUUUAGUAUGCAGUAGGUGUUGCAAAUUACCAUAAACAGCGGCUUCCCAAGCUUCUCUGUUGUAAAUGAUA